AUGGGGGGCCCGCCGGGGCCCAACACGUGCGCACCUGCGAGGGUCCUGCAAGCAAAUAUACACCAUGCGGCAGCCGCCACGGCCAUUGUCGAGAGCCAGCUUGCAGGACACGUCGACCUCGCACUACUACAAGAACCCUGGGUGCGAAACUCAGAAAUACUAGGACUAAAAUCGGUUGAGUUAUGCACAGACGACCUGGUAGCAGCGUAUGUAAAUCUAAAGGGAUGGAGUGGGCGGAGGGUCAUACUCUGCUCGGCAUACCUCCCUGGUGAAAAGCAAGACCCCUCUGCGGAUCUCACUGCAGUGGCGGAAUACGCCCGCAGACACAACGCAGAACUGCUGGUGGGAUGCGAUGCAAAUGCUCACCACACCAACUGGGGGAGCACGGACAUUAAUGAUAGAGGGUGUGCACCAACCUUUGUCACUAGGGUCAGGAAGGAGGUUUUGGAUCUGACCUUUGCAUCUGCAAAUCUAGCCAGCGUACAGACUUUCACCUUCAGAGAUCCUCGGCGGACGGACUGGGAGGGAUACAACAAUAGCCUGGAGCUGAACCUGGACUCAGUAAUGAAGGUAAUCAAAACGAAAGAGAGUUUGGAGCUUGCGGUAGAGGUAAUCUCAAAGGGCAUUGUAAGGGCCUUUGAAGAUAACUGUGCGCCCAAGCUCAAAUUGACCAAACGUCUCGUCCCUUGGUGGAAUUCCAAGUUGAAGAAACUCAGGGGCAAGACGCGGAAGUUAUUCAAUAGGGCUAAAAGAACGAACGACUGGGAGACGUAUAGGAAAGCCCUAAACGAAUACAGUAAAGAGAUUAGGAAAGCCAAGAGAGCAUCAUGGAGGAGGUUCUGUGAGGAAAUUGAAAAUACACCUCAGGGAGCGAGACUCCACAGGCUACUCUCGAAGACUAGGACUAGUCAGGUUGGCCUACUGAAAAGGCAGGAUGGCUCCUACACUGUAAGUGAAAUGGAGACUUUGGAGCUUUUAGUCGAAACUCACUUCCCAGGGGCAGCCUUGUCAAACAGUUCGAGGGAUAGCGAGAGCUGGCAUAGGCCUCGUCCCGAGGACUGGAGGCAGGCUGCCACGAUUAUACGGCCGGGGAUAGUGAGGUGGGCCAUAAACUCUUUCAAAACAUUCAAAACGAGCGGUCUGGACGGAGUAAGCCCUCUACUAUUACAACGUGGUGCUGAAGUCUUGAUUCCGCAUCUGGUAAGAAUCUUCAGAGCGAGCUACGCUUGGGGAUACUUACCGGAACAGUGGAACAAGGUCAAGGUAUUAUUCAUACCGAAGGCAGGAAGGAAAGACUACGCAAUAGCCAAGUCCUUCAGACCCAUAAGCCUUUACCUCGUUCCUCCUAAAAACCUUAGAAAAGGUAGUUGA